UAGUCGAUCCUGUAGUUUAUAAACAAAGAUUUUCUCAACAGUCAUCCCAGUCAAGUACUUCAUCAAUAGUUAGGAGAAUGAGUAAUCAACUUCAGAUCAAUUCCCCAGCAAUACAAGAUGAUGAAAUGGA